GGCGGACGUUUACGUGGCCUUAUGCGAUUGCAAACAAUUCCCGAAGAUGCUCCCUUGGUAACUAGUUGUAUGGGGAAAUUAUGUGGAAAGUGAUAGCCCGAUAAAAAUUCUUACACACUGGAAAAAAUGGAACCUGAAGAAGCGAAGGAACGUGUGCUACAAAGACUUGAAUCUGACCUCACAUCCGCUGACCUGCAGUGGAGUUUGUUUAUUUCAGCUCUGGAAAGUUAUAGACAUGAUAGCAUAUUAAGACCCUUUCCUUCUGCAUAUGUGGUUGGUGAUGGUAAUAAGAAUUUUCAAGGGCUGGUGAGUGUCGGUCACCUAAAAAUCUGAGUUCGGCUGUACUUUACAUUUUAGAGCUGGACAUUCCGUUUUCCCCUAAUUCCCUCUCCACUCCUCCUCUUCUCUCUUCCCCUCUUCCUACGUCCAUUUUUGCUUUCAGCACCUUUGACGACUGUAUCGGAUGGUUUAAAAAACUUUAAGGCCUCUUUGAAAAAAUUGUGGCCAUCUUUUAACACAUACACCCAAAAGCUCUUUGGCAAAGGUGGCUACCCACUUGUUAAUUGUGGUACUUCAUGGUAAUAGACAGCACCACUAAAAUUGGUCUUCACAGGUUCAAGUUUGCAGUACAGUUCCCGCAUUUGACAAGCUAUUGACAGAAACCAGUGAGAAGGUAUAUGCUCAAGAAACUUGGGAUAUCUUGGAUUGGGCACUGGAUAGAACCUUUGCACUGAGAUCUGUUAAGAAAUCUGUGGUAUGUUUUUCAAUAAAAAUUUGCCUGAUUAUGGAUCCUUCUGUCCUUUUUGCCUUAUGAUAAUUGUAAAAUUGCACUCCAUGUACCUGAAAGAAGUCAGAUUUUUAGACCAAAAUAUGACAUAAUUGUAUUAUAGAUUAAUAACAUUCCAAUAACAGCCUGGGCAAUAUUAUGUUGGUGAAAUGAUCAACUUAGCUGUUAGUUUUGCUGGUGCCACCAGGAUUCUUAUAUUAAGCACAGUAGGUGAAAGAAAUUGUCAAACCAGCACAGCAAAUCUCUUACCUGUUGAAUUUGCAGAAUUUUAGGCAAUUGUAGGCAGCUGUAAGAAGUACCACAACUGGUGAAUGUUACUGGUGUCUGCUUGAAAAAGUAAACCCUGUGUUACAUAAGUUAGUAUCUUAUAAUUUCGGUGACAAUUAUUUUUGCUAUUAUUAAUGCCAACAGUUCUUGGAGAUUGAGAAAAAAACUGGUCAAGCAAGUUACUGCUCCACCACACCUGACUUCAUUUUCGAAGUUGUUUACAGUGAGACAAAUACUCUCAGUGCAAUGUUUGAUGACAUGUCACAGACUCAUGAUGUUUGGUAUGCUUACCAUGGAAGUAGAGUGGACAAUUUUCAUUCUAUUUUGAAUAAUGGAUUACAUGCGCAUCUUAACAAAGUGAGUCUUGUCAGCUGUUUGCUCAGUUGAGUUACUUGGUAAUCCCUCAAGAUUCUCACUGAUCAAGUGGCUGGCUGGCUAUGUGACUGACUGACUGACUGACUGACAGACUGACUCACUGGCUGAUUGACUGGCUGACUCACUGACUCACUGGCCAUCUGGCUGACUCACUGGCUAACUGACUGACUGAUGGACUGGCUGACUGGGUAACUCUCUGGCUAACUUACUGGCUUGCUGACUGACUGACUGGCUAACUCACUGGCUGGCUGACUGACUGACUGGCAGACUGGCUCACUGUCUAACUAGCUGUAAGCCCACAAAGUAAGUUUGCCAUGGACUGAAAUCGCUCCUUUAUUUUACACUUGCCCCUUCAUUAUUUUCCUCUGGAUCUCCAAGGAUGAAUGGCUGAUAUGUAUAUGAACAUGAAUAAACAUGUUGAAUAAUUAGUGGACAGGAGAUCCAGUGGCCUGAUGGUCAGUGCACCGGACUCUGGGUCAAGGUGUGUGUGUUUAGGACAUGGUUGGGUCAAUGUGUGGUGCUCUUGGACAAACCACUUUUCUCCCAAAGUUUUUCCUUAUUCUCCCAUAGUGACUCUCUCCACCCAGGGCCCACUUGUUUGAAAGAGGGAUAACAACAAUCCAGGAUUAAAAGUUUAACUUGUCCUUGAUUUCUCUUGAAAUAAAGUAGAUAUUAGGGCUUACAUCUUGAGAGGUUUUACCAUAAAGUUAGUGUAAGACAAAACUGAAGGAGCAAAUUAAAACUGUUCACAAAGCUACAAAACAAAAUCAAAAUUGUUGGUAAACCCUCAGUUAGCUUAAUUGUCCUUUGGACAACCCAACCAAGGAGUAUGUUUUUAAAAUAGGUACUGGUGAAUUGUCAGGGAAGCCUGAUGAAAGGUUCAGGCUAGAAAAAAGGGGGGUAACCAUGCACAGACUGGCAUCAGAUCCCGAGAGGAGUAGUAAUACUCCCAGUUGCUUCAUGCUAAUGUGGAAACCAGGAUAAGCUCUGGUUUGGCUGGGCAAAUCGGCUUAGCACAGACUCAGUCUAAUCAGUUGAAAGACUUAUGGAUCACUCUGUUUAUAUUUCAGUUGUUAAACUGAGUAAUUUUGUAUUAUCAAUUGAGUUGAUAACAGAAAUUGACCACUGCAAAGAGUUUCAAUGCUGAUGUUUCAAGCGCUAACCCUUCGUCAGGGAAUGACCAUGACCAACAUUCACUCUGACGCUUAAAAUGUCAGCUUUGAAACUCUUUACAGAGGCCAACUUACAUUAUCAACUCAGUUGAUAAUACUGAAUACCCACUUAUACUCUCCCACCAAUGCAACACCACAGUUUCUUUAGAAACUUACCCCCUAUGAUGUUUAAUUAGCUAAAUUGAGUAGUAAAUUAAACCACCUUUCUUCAUUUUCUUUAGACAUCAUUUUUUGGAGAAGGGACCUACCUGUCAAGUGAUCUAACUGUUUGUAUGAAUUACAGUAGUUUUGGUUCAGGCUGGAAAAACAGCACAAUUGGAGAAAAAUUAAGUAUCGUGGCUGUCUGUGAGAUCCUGGACCAUCCAGAUGUGAAGUGUACUAUCAAAUCUAAAGCAAAUGACAACAGACUAACUCGUUCUAGGGCCAGAGCAAGAAACAGUGAGGGAGGAGAUGUCCCAGAGAGAUAUUAUGUUGUUACAAACAACCAAGUUGUUAGGGUGAAAUAUGUGCUGGUGUAUGCCGAGAAGAAAGCACCUACAAGGUAUAGCAAAUGUAGCAUUACAAUCAUUAGUAAUAGUAACAUUUAUUCUUUCUCCUAGAUAGUUGAUACUUUUAUAUAUUCUCAUUUGUGCAUUCUUGUUACUUGGGCAGCUGAGAAUUAAACAGGAAAGAACAAUAUUAGAUGACCUUCUCGAACACUUUUUGAUUGAGUGUCAUAAAUUCAAGACCAAAAUUCCUAUGACAACAGGCAAUCAAAAGAUAGGAAAAAACCUUAAAGAAUCUCUGAGAACUUAAAGAAAAAACCACCAAACUCCUUAAAGCAUGGUAAAAUGUAGGCACCCAAGCCAUGAUUGGUUAGUUCUGCAUCUGAUUGGUUGAAAUAGAGGUGCAAAUUUUCUGGGCCAAUCACAGGGCAAAGUGAAGCAAAACUAAUGCAAUCCCAGACGACUUUUGAUACUCAAUUGAAAAUUGCUCUUAUACCAAUGUUCACUACUUUGGAAAAUUUUGUUUGACAUUUUCUGCUCGUUUACAUUUUGUACCUGGUGUUUUUUAAACUGCAUUGUCCCUCUUUCUGGGGUUUAUCUGAACUACUAGUGAACCACUUACCUCCAAGAUCAUAUGGGCAAUUCUCCCAUCUUGUUACUUUUCAUUUCCUUGAAAGUAUGUUACGAGAAGCUGAUGCUAUAUCAGGAUAGUAUCCUCCCACUGAUCAUUUUGUCUCUUCUCAUCAUUUGUUUGCAGGAUAAUUUAUUAAAUUUGAGAAGGGAAAGUAUUAGUUCAUCACUUCUGGGAUUUAAAGAAUGUACAUAAACUUUGUUGUGUGACAGACAGAUCCCUACAUCUCUGUACAUAUUUUGUGGAAACUGUGGUUAUGUAUUUUCGCAUUUAAAUUUCUAUCCUAAUUUUGAUUUAUGGUAACUUUCUUUUGUCUCCUGAUCCAGGACUCAAGCUCGUAACUGGCUGAUAUUCCGAUAUCCGUUAGCUUCAAUCAUGGUUGCCUAUAUCUUAGUUUUAAUUUGUGUGGGUUUCUCCAAAACAAGACUUUUCCAAAAGUUUUAUAGGAAAUAUUUCAAAGGGAGCUAA